AUGGAUGUUUGGAACAUUGAAAUGUUUAAAAUAGAACAAAAUAUGCUACAAUUCAAGGAUUUGCUUGUUUAUAGGAUUAAGGAUUUUAUUAAAUUCAUCACGACAGUUGGGGCAUUCCCUGAUCGAUUUCCAAUUGAAUAUUCAAAGUGUUUGAAAGCAUUUUUCAUUCCGUCUGCAAGGACUUCGUUUUAUGCUUUAGAGGCACCAAAAGAGCAGAGUUUCGAAUGUAAAUGGAAUCCGACAACUUAUCAGCCGCCAACAUUGGAUGUGAUGGGAAAGUGGGAGAUGAGAGAUAAUUACGGCACGAGGGAUUAUUUUACGAAAGAUGAAAUACGUUCGGAAUACACAAAUGGAUAA